AACUCUCAUUUAGCUUUACUUUAAUGUGUUUUGGAUAAUUGUCCUCCAGCCUGACGUCUCUGCUUGCUGGAGUUCUUGAACAGCCUUCGGUGCAGAAUUCCUUCAGUUGCGAGACAUUUAAAAAUGUUCUUGAAAUUCUAAUGAAUAUUUCCGACGGUGCUAAAUGUGUAAACCAGCUGCUGGUCAAACUCAUGUGGCCCUUUUUGUGUGGAGAUUCAAACUGGGGUGUCCACAGACUUGUUUCAUGUGCUGUUGUAAUGAAUUUGUCCCAAAUAACAGACGGUUUACGGUUGCGUAUCGAUCGUUUCGUAACCUCCCUGCCACCCAAAGUCAUACAAACCUUUAUUUAGGAAAGCUUUUUUUUAUUUUUACUUUUUGGCUGGCUGACCAAAAUUACAGCGCGCAGCAUCGACUCAUCCAAGAGGUCAGAAAAGUCCUCAGAACAACAUCCACAGAACUGCCGGCCUCAGUUAAAGUCAGUGUUCAUGGCUCCAUCAUAAGAAACUGGACAAAGUGUCCUGCAUGGCAGAGCUCCAAGAUAAAAACCACUGCUGAGCAACAGGAACGUAAAGGUCAUCCUGAUGACCCCCGAGAUGCUCUGUGGGCUGACAGACAACAGUUCAACUUUUUGGAAGGUGUGUCCUGUUACAUCUGGCGUAAAAAUAACAUUUCAGCCGAGGAAGAUCAUGCCAACAGCAAAACACAGUGGUGAUAGUGUGAUGGCCUGAUGCUGUUCUGUGGGAAAUGGAGCCACGAAUUGGUGCUGCAGAGAGUGGCACAACCAGUUUAAUAGGUUUAGGUUUUCCACACAGGGCCAGGUAGGUCUGGAUUUAUUUCCCCUUAAUAAACACCUGAAAGAGGAAUCAGACGAACGAACAUUUGGUUGAUUGAAGUCCAAUCAACUUCAUAUUUGAACGGAAGAAAAAACUAAGCUGAUGAAAAUUUAAAGUGAAAUCUAAUAUCAACAGUAAAAAAAAAAUCUGGGUUUUUUGCAUCUUUACAUGAAUGUUUAGAUCUGAAUUUAACUCCGUUUGUUCACAAUUUAAUAUAUUUUGUAUACAAGGAAGAGAGAAACCAAAGAACUGAUCUGCUGUCAGGGAUUCAUCCACAGUGUCACAACCCCACCGUGAAGUGAAAGUGGAGAAAUGCUGCUGGAGAGUCUUUUGAGGGUUUUAUGAGAUAUACUGUUUAUUCACAGGAGACCAUAAACCAGUAAAGAAGAAAGAGCUGUGACAAACGUCCUUCUUCAUUAACAUUUCGGCUCCUUUGCGCUUCUUUGGUUCGUCCUCUGCAGCUCGGAUUAAAAGGAGGGAGGGAGGAGCGGACUGGGCCAGUGCCCUGUGCUGUCUGUGGUCAUUUAUGACAGCUCCCGUACGCCAGAUGGCCAGUCCGGCCGUGAUGGACGGCUUGACACAGACUGUUGCUUUAGGAGGAACUCCAGUCCUGUUUGCUCGGAAUAUGUCUGUUUGUUAAUGCUCCAAAAUGUGAUCUGAAAUCCUCCUUUCGGAUUAAAGAGGUCUCUGGUCUUUAAAAAGGACUCAUUUUCAGUUUUGCUCUUACGCGCGUGCACCUGAUGGAGAGGGGACUGGGCGAACAUUGAAGCCUGAUCUGACCCAACGGCAGCACAUGAUCUAAGAAACCGAAACUAACAGCAGCUACACCGCAAUCAAAGCCUUUUCAACAGCAAACCACUAUUGUUACAUUCUUAGACGUGAACAUGUGUGAGAAACGAAUGGAAAUGAGCGCAAAAGCAGAGGGAGGUGGAAUCCGUUCCGCGAGUCCGUGCCUUUCUUUGCGCCUGGCUGGUUCUCUCCACCUUUAAAGCAGCUAGAGGGAAGAAAACAGUCGAGAGGGAGGCGACAGCGCAAAUACAAUGGUCACUGAAACUGCAAAAGACAAUCCGAAGGCCGAUUAUUUCCCACCCGAAGCGAGCGAUUGCCCCAACUCUCCCAUCUCAUUUUCCUCCGAAGACGGCCAGCUAAGCAGGAGGCGCGACACCCAGACCACCAGCGGCAGCAUCAUCCCGGAGGACAGCGGCAGCAUCCAGGCCCUGGUCACCUCAUCCGCAGCCGCCGCCAGCAUCAUGACAUCAGGGGAGUUCGUGCAGACCGCUCCCCUGCUGGCGCACAAAUCCAAGAGGAGCAUGCUGUACAAGGCGCUGUGCUUCCUCCUCCUCAUCUUCCAGGGCGGCGUUCUGGAUUUCUACCUCAUCAUCUUCACGGACCUGUACUGGUGCUCGUGGAUAGCCACGGACCUCGUGGUGAUUUCGGGCUGGGGGAUUUUCUUCAUGAAGAACGCGCGGAGUAAGAGGGAGCGGGCCUGCGGCUUUCACCAGAAAAGCUCCAUUUUCGGCUGCAACCUCGGAGAGUUCACCUACGCCUACCUUGCAUGGCUCAUCUACGUCAUCGCCUGCACCCCUAAGGUGGUGCUCAUCCUGGAGACCUCCAUCCUGGAGCUGAUCACGUUAAAGGUCCCGUUCGGAGCGACCGGCUUCAAAAUCGUCAUGCUGCUGUCUGCGCCGCUGCUCUUCUGCCUCAUCAACUCCAUCAUCGAGGACCUGAACGGUUCGACGCGGCACCACUCCCAGAGCUGCUUCAUGGGCACCUGCCUGGACCUGCUGGACAGCUUCACGCUUGUGGAGAUGCUGCUAAGGAACGAGAUCCCCACGCUUUAUCUUAAAUACACCGUGAUCUCGGUGUACUUUGUGGCCCUGGCCGUGCCGGUGGUCUGGCUGUACGAGCUCACGGCGUCCGAGCUGCGCUGCAGGUGGCUUUGGGCCCGUUUCUCCACGGGCCUGGUGGUUAAUGCGCCCCUGCUGGUGGUCAGGUGUUUCCAGGUCUACAUCUACAAGAUGCCGGUGUCGGUGUUCAUGUUCAAAAACAUCUUCUUCUUGGCCUGUAAGCUACUGGAGCUGCUGGAGCAGUGUGUGGCGUUCCGGGGGGUCCGCAGGCUGGCUGGCGGCAGCAACCCGGCCCAGUUCUCCCACUGCGUGUCCGAGAACGACAUGUGUCCGCACGGGUAUGUCAAUACUCUGGCUGUGGCUCAGUCCUAGAGCCGUGGCGGCCGUCUCUGCCUGUGACGGCAGGACAGACAUAGCUGGAACCUGGAAAAUCCCAAAUACCACCGAGUGUCCGCCUCGGGAUGCUGGCAUUUGGAUUCACGUCCACGCGAUAAGCAAAGCAGGUAUCAGGUAUCAGACACGCAGGCAACAAUAAAAUAAGCAGUGCAGAUGAUGGCAUUUAGCUGCUAAAUAAUAGACAAAAAACAAAACCAAUCUUCUAAUCAGACUGAAAAAACUAAAUCUUAUCUCCCGUGGUGAGCUCCUGUUGGGCCUCCCAGCUGCAUCUCAACAUAAAGUAUUAUUAAAGGGCCUUGAAGAGGCUCCGUCUCUGUGUUACCACUAACAGAGGUGGGAAGACAAAUGUUCAGCAUAAAAUAAAAAAAUGGGGUAAAGGCAGAAAUUCCAUCAACUGGAGGCUGUGGAGGCCUAAUGUGCUAGUUCAGGUCUUUCUGUGUUAGUGGGCCCAAAGGCAGCUACGUAAUGAUCUCAUUAUUUCAGUGACUGUGAUUUGAAAUCUUUAUUUCCAAAGCAGCUCCAGGGUCACCAAGCGCUGUCAGACUACAAGCCAGGCUCGACUCACUAAUUAAACCGCAGGGACCACAUUUGGCCUUUGUUAUCAAUCGAUGAUGCUUACUACCAAACGACUUUGUGAUUAAUCACAUGCAGAGCUGUGAAACAGUAUCUGACCCUGAUUUCUUUUUUUGUCGCUGUUCGCAUGUUUGUCACUUCUCUGUUUCAGAUCAUCAGACUUUCUGAUUCUAAUAUGAUUUAAAAAUAACCCGUCUGAAUACAAAAUGUACUUUUAUAUGAAGAAUGAUGAUUUUAUUUAUUGUUGGAAAACGUUAAACCUACCUGGACCUGUGUGAAAAGGGGACUGCCCCCCUAAAGCUAAUAACUGUUGUGCCACUCUUGGCAGCAACAACUGAAAUCAAGUGUUUGCAAUAACUGCCAGUGAGUUUAACUUCACUGUGGAGCAACUUUUCCAUCAGGACUUCCAUCGGCCAGUCAAAAAAUCUUCAUGUUUUUUACCAUUUAGAGGUGGACUUGCUGGUGUCCUGCUGCAUAAAACCACUGUAGAGCUGAGCAUUCCCGGGAAGGUUCACCACUGUGCCAGGUUUUCUUGGUGGACGGCGUUAUGGUUUCCCAAAGCCUUUGACAUUGUAACCCUGUCAAGCGUCCUUCUUUCGCCUGUGUCCUGAUGCUUUCCUUGUAGCCUGCGUCACUUUGUCAGACGCCUUCUGUGUAAUGGAGUUUUUGAUUGAACAGGUCUGACCUGAAACAGGUGAACGUGACAAAUAUGCAAACAAAAAAGAAACAAGGAAACACUUUAACGAAUACUUUUUCACACUGCUGUACACGAAGCCUUUCACGGGGCCCUCAGAGGUUUGUCUGCUUUCAAUACAAGUGUGAGCAGUUCUGUUGAAUCCGCGGCCAUAUUGCAGGUGGUGGUGAUGUCACACACGAUGUUGCUCAGACGGAGGAGAAAAACACGAUAUAAGAAACGGCCCGUUUUACACAAAUGACUUAUUACUUGACAGGAUGACGUUAUUUUCAGAACAGCGCGUUCCCAUUUAUGUUGGAAAGUGGAAAUGAUGUCGCGUACCUGCCUGUGAUAGCAGCUAAACUCGAUGAGCUUUCUGCGUUUGGGGCAGACGGCGCUCAACGUAAGAGGUAAACGGAUUUUCCAGUUUCUGGACAUGCCUGGUGUCACCUGUACCAGCCUUACAACGAGCCCUCUUCAGACCAGCCAACAGGUGCUACAGUCAGACACCUGCAGGAGACUCACAACACUGCUGUGUGUUCAGCCUACGACCUCCGAGGGACAGCAGCUGGACUGUGCUGAGAUCAAACUGCAAUUUGAAAACUCCAGAUUUAAGUCCUAACGCCGGGCUCUGCUCCACCUAAUGUACAUUAGUGUUUUCUAUCAAUGACAGUGAUGUCUGCUGGUCGUUAAUCGUACUGAAAGUAGAGUAGACUUGUGUGUAAGUUGCUUACAAACCAGCAGUGCCACGACCCCCAUCCCUACAGUGCCACGACCCCCCAGGCUUCUGUCAGUAUUUUCUUUCACUCUGAGUUCUGACUCUGCAGUUCUCUUGGUCACAAACGGGCAGAGUUCAAGUUCUCCAAUAAACAAACAAAACGAAGUAAACAAAAACCCAUCAAAUCAAUGGCGACAUCAUUUCUUCAUCGUUUAAAGUUUUAGCCCAGAAAGCUCAGCACUCUGAGCACGUCUGUUUCUAACAUGCUGAAACUGGUUUCUCCACAAAAUCCAAUUAAAGGAGAAAAAUAAUGAUUUUUUCAGUAUAUAGCAGUAAUAUCGAAUUUAGCUACAUUAUUACAGCUUUGGCGGUGCUCAUCAAUAUUCCUUAGAUCUGAUUUCAGCUUGUCUCACUAUCAGCUGUGGUGCAUUUUGGUGUAAGUGCCUCUCAGUGCGUUACGAAACAGCAGGCGACAGCUAAAAACCAUAAUGCAGUGGUUAGAGUUUAGCCUUCAGCUUUCUAUGUGAAGGCUAAACACAUGUUUGGUCAUUUUUAAAUUUCUAGCUCUGUUUGUUAAAUUAUUCUCUGCCUGGAAGAUUCCAGAACCUGAGAAAAGAAAAAUGUUCUGGACGUCAGCGUUUCCUUUGCUCUCUGUUCAAAGGCUUCUGUACCUGAUACACAGAGUCAGUAAGAAGCUUUAAACAACACGAACACGUAUGUGUAUAUAAAUGAACUGAAUUUGUAUGAAAAUUCAUGGUUUUCAGAGUGUAUAUAUCAUUUUACAUAGAUGAGACCUGAGAUGGGAGACAGUCUGCAUCCAGGUGAUGCUGGGGAGGGCACAGGUAUCACGAUGAAGUAAUUACCCCCUUCCUGAUAUCUUCAUUGGUUUUGGCAUAUUUAUCACACUUAAACAUUUCAGACCAUUAAGCAGAUUGUGAUAUUAGAUAAAGACAAUCAGAGUAAAUACAACCUAAUAACUCGUUGUGCCGUCCUUGGCAGCAAAAACUGCAAUCAGGUGUUUGCGACAGCGCCCACGGUUUGAAGAAGUUUGUUUCAGCCACAUUGAAAGUCUUUGACGGCAUCCACAGGGUGGAGCAGUGUGUCUAUCACACUCUUUGCUGGGUUGAAUUAUCUGAAGUCAUCCAGGUGCUGAAACCCAGAACACCACACUACCUCCAGCACGUCUGGCUGCUGCAUUUCUUUUAAACAAGUGUGUUAAUGUUCGGCCAAAUUCAACGAGAAGCUUCAAAUGUCUCACAGCUUCACAGAAUAUUAUCCCCAAAGUCUUUAUUUUAUUUAUGCUUUAGAUAAAUGUAACAUCAGCCUUUGUUUUAUUCCAAUUACAUGAUUGCAGUUCUUGCUGCUGAGGGUGAAACAAUCACUUAUUUGGGGGGCAGGGGAGGACCUUUCACCUAAUCAGUGAAAUUAUCUUUAAAAACUGCAUUUUGUAUUUACUCAGGUGAUCUUUAUCUAAUAUUAAGAUUUGUUUAAUGAUCUGAAACAUUUAAGUGUGUUAACUCUGCUAAUAAUACUAAUAAUAAUAAUGAUAAUAAUGAUAAUAAUACUAAUAAUGAUGAUAAUAACCCUAAUAAUAGGACUUCACAUUAAUAGGACACUUUUACAUCAGGUGGCAUUACUGACUGACUUUGUCUCUCUCCUCCUUUAUGAGCUCGUUGUUCUGUAUUUUGCAAUCACGUCUGGUAAAGUAUUUAUUAUGUGUGCAAUAUCCAAGUCUGAGUAAUCUGAACAUGAUUUAGUGCCUAUUGCUUUGGAGAUGAGUGAACUUUAAUGACGACGAGUGCCGGUGUGUCCGUGACCAGUGUGUGCAGCGUAGAUGAUUGUAGAGGAAAGACGGCGGCGUAACAGAAUUAUGACCUGUUUGUUUCAUUUGGCAGGCAGCAAACAUGCUUUGCUUUUUUUCAUAAUUUCAGUACAGAUUAGAAAGAUGUUUUGUCAAGAAAUGCUUGUUUCUAAUGCACUUUGAUUAAAUAUAUUUAUAUGUUUACUAUAUUUAAGAUUUUUAGUUUCAUUGAGAACAAAAGAUUUUAUUCAACCUUCUCACAUCAGCUGAAGGAAAUUUGAGUGAAACAAUACUGACACGUCUGCAUGUCCAGCAGCGUGUUACCUCAGCGCUGUCCAACUCUUUACAGGCUGAAGGACAAAGAACAUAUUGCAAAGCAGACUGAUAAUGAUACCUGUCAUGUACCCGUCACAAACGAUGGUGUGCUCACUGUUAAAGCUAAAGCUGUAUGAAGGAGUUUAAAGCCUUUGAACGUUCACUUGCAGCACUGAUUGUCUGGAGGAAGUUCAAAAUGUGCACUUUGCUUAAAAGGCGGUUUUACUGACAAACACUUUAAAAUGUGUUAAAUAUGCAAAAAAGUGCAGGAAAUGUCCACAUUAUUUGGCUCGUUCUUCUCAGUGUCUCAGCUCUGCUGUUAGGAAGUGAUUUAAACUGAAACUUGUGUAAUGUUGUUGCACGAACCCUUAAAAGCAGUUUUCUGUUGUGUUUGUGUCGAGACUGUCUCUCUGCCUUACAUAUUCCAGAUGCUGAGGCUGUUAUUAUAUUAUAUGUGGUAUAUGGUAUGACAUUGUCUAAGGCAGAGCAUCCAGACUUUACCAGUGGCCUCCACUCCAGCUCUGAAUUUAUCUCCACUCAGGGUCUCUCUUACUCCUCCCCCAUGAAGGAAUAAGACAGGCUGGAUCUGACACAUCUAAUUGAGUUCAACUGCAUUUAUAUGGCGCCAAAUUAACAACAAGUGUUGCCUUAGCAUGUUCUUUAUAUUGUAAGAUAAAGACCAAUAAUACACAAGUUAAAGGGGACUAACCCUCCAGCAGAACCAGGGUGAGGGAAGUGCACAGGAAAACAGAUACACCCACGUGGAAGAGAGGCAGAGAUGAAAAAUAACUAAUGAUUAAACACAGACUGGUGUAUUAAACAUGAGCUAAAAAGAAACAUUGCAUCAUGGGAAGCCCCAGCAGCCUUGGCCUAUUGCAGCAGGGUUUGGGGUCACCUUAAAGCCUGUCCUUUAAAGUAGAGAGGGUGCCUGUCAGAUCAUCAGCAUUCUCCCCUGGCAAGCAAGGCUGAUACGCAAUCACCACACUGAAUUCUACUCAGUGCUCUCGGAGCUUUCCACCCCAAGAAGGAUGGGACGUCAUGGCCUGUGACAAUCCUUUGUUUCUGCAGGAAAUGCUAGUUAGGGUUGUAGGUUCCCUUCAGCUCGGUACUAGUGGCAGCCAAGGCAGUCUGUGUUGCUCCCUACAAAAACUGCCACAGGAUUCUUGUCACACUUAAGGGACCUCAUAGGGUCACGCUUUACCAUGUUCCCUACACCAUCUGGUGACCAGCUGGCCCUCUGUGGGAUUUGGACAGUGCUGAUGGCCUUCCAUGAGCCAUUUUAGCACCUGUAAAUGGUGGAGUCUUUGUGAAUAAUGAAGCAAAGGCUAGUGGACCACUGUUGUGAGGGUAAACCUUCUUGGUCCCAGGCCCACAACCACGAACCAUUCAGGUCCGUGAAGAUGAGGUAGAAAUCCCUUACUGGGUACCAGGUGGGAAUCAAGCUUGCAACUCCCACUGCAAAGGUGUGUCAUAAUAAUGGAUUGCAUUUAUAUAGCAAGACCCUCAAAGCACUCUACAAUUCCACUAUUCAUCCACACACUGGUGGAGGCAGCUACAGUUGUAGCCACAGAAGGGAGGCUGCCAUCAACACCAGUAGGUGAAGUGUCUUCCCCAAGGACACAACGACCAGGACAGACAGAGAUGGGGAUCGAACCGGCGACCUUCCGGUUCCAAGAUGAGCUUCCCAGCCCCCUGCAGUCUCACCACUACACUAUACAGCUGCACUGACUUAAGCUGCAUCUUAUACAUACAUGUAUGUGGGAUAAAGAAGGUGGAGAGAUAGUCUCUUUACUAAGGGAACUUGGGUUACAAUGUAACCAAUCGUUCUGUGAGGACAUUCAUCCCGUUAAACUGAUUCCAGUUAAGCACAUGAGUGUAAAUGGAGCAGAAACUGGCUGCACUGUACCAGGACCAGUCUGUGAUUGCUGCGUCUGCACAGCUGAAGUCCUGUUGGCUGAGACACACAUUCAGCUAUCUGCAACUGAGAGAAGUUUCAUGUUUAGCAGAGAAAAGAAACUUUUGCUCAAAUCGUUGAUUUUUUCUUUUCAAUAUUAUUGCUUUUUAAUGAGUGUUCAUUGGUGUUUAUAGAUAUCCAUAAAAUGACAGACAUGUUGUUGCCUUGGCUUUGUUUCUUUUAUUUGUUUGCUGCUUAUCACAGUUUACCAUAGUACUCUAAAUGAUAUAUUUUAUACUAUUUUUGUAUUGUUUCCUUGUGCCAGUAAUCUCUGAAACACUUGCAUAUGUAUACAGUGUUGUUGGAAGCGCUCCCUCACAGUGUUUGAGGGGAUUUGCACAUGAAGCUUGAGACUAAUACUUAGCAGGACCAUAUCUAGAUUAAACUAAGCUGACGUGCAGUGGGUCUUUACCUGCAUGAACAAGCACAGUGCACAGUUUUACUGAAACUACCAAAGGCUUUAACAGACAUGGGGAUUCAGAGGAGCUGCUCCUGCCACACAAAUCGAAAUGAUUUCUUCUUCUUCUUUAGCUCGUGUGAAAAACAGAGUGUGUGAUUUUAACACUCCUGUAUCAGAAUAUACAAGCUUUCCUUUUCUUCGUUUACACAGAUGUUGAUGAGUUUUACAGAGGGGACCUUACCUGUACU